AUGGAAAAAGAUCAAUAUAAAAUUGUCUUACUAGGCGACCAAGGUGUUGGAAAAUCAAGCAUAGUCCUCCGCUUUGUAAAAGAUGAUUAUAAUGAUGAACAAAACGCGACCGUAGGUGCAUCUUAUACUGGAAAAAUUCUGCAAGUCAAUGAUAAAAUGAUAAAAUUCAAUAUUUGGGACACAGCUGGCCAAGAAAGAUAUCAGAGCUUAGCUAAAAUGUACUAUAGAGAUGCAAAUGCGGCUAUUAUGGUUUAUGAUAUUACAAAGCGGUCGAGUUUUGAUGGGAUCAUGAGAUGGUAUAAAGAAUUAAAAGACUUCGGGCCAAGAAAUAUGGUAGUUUGCAUCGCAGGAAAUAAAGAAGAUUUACUCUCUUUAAAAAAAAUAUUUUAAAAAAAAAAUAAAUUAAAAAUAUGGGUUAUUUAUUUAUUUUUUUAAAAAAAGUUAGUAGAGAUGGAAGAUGUCCAGCAGUCAGAAGCCAAAAGUUUCGCAAAAUCAAUAGGUGCAAUAUAUAGAAAAGUAAGUGCAAAAACAAGUUAUGGGGUCGAACAAAUGUUUAAAGAUCUGGCUGUGAGGCUAGAUACAGGAGAAGAUGUGAGCACGCCAAAACAUAUGAAAACUUCAGUUUUUUUAACUGAAAGCAGCACUCCUUCAAUAAAGAAAAAGAAAAAAUGCUGCUAG